AUGAAUAUCUUCAUAGAUAGCUUUCCUAUCGCCGCGAUUCCACUGCCGAAUCUCAUCACUCCAUCUCAAAUUGCAGCCAACCUGCAGGUGCAGGCACUAUCCGACAGCGCAUAUGCCAAGUUGACGGGAUUGAAGUUCAACUUUCCUGCAAACUGGGGCUACGAUAUUUUUGAGGAGGUGUACGAUGAGGCAAUGCGCAAGGCUGCAAUCGCAGCUGAGCCGGCUAAUAAAAUCAGCUUUACUGUUUAG